AUGCCAAAGGACCAGAAGAAAAUUUACAAAAAAAUAGUUGGUAAACUUUCUUGUGAACAUUCCUCUGAUAAGAGGAAUGACAAGAGGCAAGUCUGCAAGAAAGUUCUCCAAAAACAUCAAAAGAUAGAAGAAAAGUCUACAAGAAAGUCUUUCCAAAACAUCAAAAAACAGGAAGAAAGUCUACAAGAAAGGUCUUCAAAAAAAAUACUGAAAUACAAGAGAAAAGUCUGCAAGUUCUUCAAAGACAGAAGAAAAGUCUACAAACUAAACACUGAAAAGACAAGAGGAAAGUCUAUAAGAAAGAUCUCUAAAAAAAAACACCAAAAGGCAAGAGGAAAGUCUUCUGCAAGUUCUUCAAAAAUAUUGAAAGACAGAAGGAAAGUCCAUAAACUAAAUACUAAAAAGACAAGAGGAAGUCUACAAGAAAGGUCUCCAAAAAAAACACUGAAAGACAAGAGGAAAGUCUGCAAACAAAAGAAAGUUUACAUGAAAGGUUUUCAAAAAAAAUAUGAAAGGCAAAAGGAAAGUCUGCAAGUUCUCCAAAAAUAUCAAAAGACAGAAGAAAAGUCCACAAGAAAGUUCAAAAACACUAAAAACAAGAAAAUUUACAAGUUUAGUAAAAGUUUACAAGGCUUACUAGAAAAUGUUAAAGAUAAGAAGAAAGUUUACUUACUAAUAAAUACUGAAAGACAAGAGGAAAGUCUGCAAGAAGUUCUUCAAAAAUGUUGA